GUUCCAUCUUCUCCAUUUCCCUAAGGAUCUCAGAGUAUAAUAAGCUUCGGAGGGUGCGUGGUGUCCCAGCUUUUACCAACCAACAACAAGCGGCUUCGAGUAACAUACAAGAUCGAAUUCCUCUCGAUUUUGUGCGAAUUCUGUUACUUAAACAGCUGUUAGAUCAUUAUUUGAUUAGUUUUCAGCUUGAUCUGUUGGUUCCGCUCUUGGUUUCAGGUUAAGUAGUUUGGACCAAGUUUGCGAUAAGGAGUUGUCUUUCUUCGUAAAGGGUAGGAAUAUUAUCCCUUUAAAUUAACCACUGAAGUUUUGAAGGCCGAGAUAAGCUGCUGGAGAUAGUUAUAACUUCGUACUUUUACUCGGUAACGUGUCAUUUCAGUGUCGGGAAGGUCUGUUUUUUUGCCGCAAAGUGAAAGGCAAAGAAGCGAAUAAAGAAGACAAAAAAAAACAAAAAAAAGCAAGAAACGUUCCAUAACGGGGGACUGUUUCUCAAUAAGGCUGUAAAUAGAGUGAGGUGGAAAUUGCAACAUUACCACUCGAAUUAGACUGUGGUCAGUGGGUUUCGACUUCUUAAUUUCACGGCAUAAGGCUUUUCCUUGGAUACAAUUUGCAUUUUGGUUUGCUAAUUCGUUAGGAAAGCUCUGUAACACUCAGCUCAUGAGUUUACUAUAUCAGUAGACUCUCUUUUUUCUCCCUUUCUUUCGCUCACUCACUCACUCACUCUCUCUCUCUCUCUCUACACGGGUACUUCGGUUUUGGAACUUGGUGUGUCGUCUUUGGAUUCUGGUUUAUCUAUUUUCUUUUCCCUUUAUUAUUUCCCUUACGUUUUCUUUUCACAAUCACCCAUCUUAAUACUUCCUGUCCGGCUAUAUCAACAAUGGCUUCCAAAAAAAACUCUUUACUUGAAUACGUGAACUCGCCAUUUCUCAAUGGAGGAGGCUAUUCUAGACCUUCGUUGAAAAGUGACGAAGCUCCGUCACCAAUCCCAGCUCUGGGUUCUGGGUUCAAUCAAAUGCUUUACGGUCAAAGCAGCACUCCCUUAACGCCAGUCUUUUCGACAUACGAGGAUCUUCCUCGAGCUCCUUCGCUGGGUUAUGGAGGUUCUCAACUAGCUUCUUUAAAGCAUAGUUAUGAUAAUUUGCAGUUCAAUGCUGGACCCAUGUCUGCACUUUCUGUUUUGCAGGAUCAGGAAGAAAGCUCAAAUUUGGGUUCUUUCUACCAUGGUUCGAGUUCUGGCAGUCCGAUUCAAAAACUUGUCGAAACCGGCGAAUUUUCGAAGAUGAAUUAUGCGUUUUCUAACAACAACGAAUUUCUUUCUCUCUUGCAUAGACUUGUAAAAGGUCGUCUCACGAUUCACGUAUUCGAUCUUUACAGCAAAGCUGUGGAAGAUGGUUUAACAUUUGAUCUUAAUGUUUAUAACACUGUGCUUAGCAUUAUGGCAAAUGAUGAAAACGCACAUGCCUCCUCGUCUGCCAUUCAAAAUUUGUUGGGAGUGUAUAUGGACAUGCUGAAGGUUGGAUUGGAGCCAGACGUACUUUCCUACGAAAGUAUUAUUCUAGCUCUUUGUCGUCGUGCGGAUUAUGUCACUAAGGAGAUUGAAUCCUUAGAGAGCAGAGUCAAGUACAGCGCAAAAUGUGUUACCCAAGAUCUUCAGUCGAAGAUCACUAGCUUGCGCUCUGAAAUCCCUUUGGAAACAGCAGUAUUUAUUUAUACCUCAAGCAUCAUGAGUGCUGAGAACAUUUCGUACAGCUCGUCAUUUUACAACCAAAUGUUGAGCACUGUUUGCACUUAUGGUGCCGAUGUUCAACUCACUUUCCUCAUGGAAAAUCUUAAACCAAAUGUUUUCAGCUCGGAAUCUUCGUCAACUCUUGUCCCUGUUUUAAUCCAGUGUUUUGGAAAAUUGGGAAAGCUCGAAAAGUGUAUUCAGCUGAUGCAUCGGUUUAAUCUCGCUAACCGAAUGUUUACACAUCCCAAUGCUAGCGUCGGUGUUCUAAAAGCUUUGUUAGAAGCUUACUUUUACAAUGAUUGCAUUAGUGAUGCCGUGUCUGUUAUGGAAACGAUUCUUACCGGCCAUGGUGUUGGUUUAAUUCCCGUGGAAUUGUCUAUGUUGUUCUUGUCACAUUUAGCAAAGAAAGGCUGCUAUAAGGAAGCCUUCUCAUGGCUUAAGGCCUUAGAGCGGUCGCCAAAGUUCGUCGUCACUGCGAAUGUUUUGGACGAUAUUCUCUCCUCCGCUUGUUCGAAUGGGGAUGUUGAUUUUGCUAUAGUGUUUGUGCGAACUUACUCAUUGGCCAAAUUUUCGGGCCAAUAUGUUGCGCUCUUGCGAUACUUGGAAUUGUUAGCUGUGGAACAACGAGUUGAUGUUUUGCGUUUGCAUGCUCCUCCACUAAUCCGCUCAGUGUCUUCAUGGACAAAUCACACAUUUGCCAAUGUGUACAAGGCCUUAAUAUCGUCUGGACAUUUGGCUGUCGCCCUUCGCUUGUUGCGGAAGCAUGUGGAUCCGCGUGACCGUUUUGAUACGAAUCAAUUUCCGGCUUACUUGUUUAUGCUCAUUCCUUGUGUCUUCAACGAUUUUUGGGAGGCCUUGGACUCGAAUCUACGUAAAGAUCCUAAUGUUUGCCUUCAUUUGUUAUCUAUCCUACAGACACAACGAGGGUUUUUAUUACUAAGCUUUAAUGUCCACUUGUUGCGUACAGUAAUAUACCACCUUGCUAAACAAUCCGAUUAUUCUAGCUUUUUGUCACCAAGGAUGUUUGCAUUUUGUUUAGAAUACACUGCAUUCAUUGUGGUUCAGACAGAAGGUUCGGAUGGAUUGGUUAAUGAUUUGCUUUUGUUACUAGAGUGUUUCAUGAAGCAUGGUCGCCCCUUGCCAUUUACCAACGUUUAUAUCGUUUUUCGUUCACUUAGCUAUCUUGAAAAAGAUGACGACUUUGUGAGGAAAGUUAGGGCUGCUGUAUUUACUGAAGUUUCAACAGGCUUCUCAACGGACUCGGGCGGUGGUAGAAUUCUUGCAGAUAUCUCGCAGGUGUGCCAUGAUGUUGAUGGUUUGGAUGUUGUUAAUCAAGAAGCAAACUCGGCCAUUCUGAAAAUGUUAACCAACUCUCCUUUUCAACAGGUGGACAUUAAUAUGUUGCUGUUCAAUUUCGGAAAGCUAAUGGAAACCGGCACGUAUCUGCAUCCUGAGGUGUAUCCAUUGUUGAUUUCUGUUUUGAGUAAAAACAAACGGUUUGAUGCAGUUCAGAAAGUGUUCCAACACACAAAGGCCUUGUUUCGGCUUAUGAAAUCGAGUAGCCUUGAGAAAGCGAAUUGGUUCUUGGCUCUUGUGCUGGAUAGCAUGGUCCUCGCUUCUUCAAUUGCUCGUGAUUUCCAUAUGAGUAACACUUAUCGUCAAGAGAUGCGUGAACUUGGUUACGUACCGCGUGCAUCGACUUUUGCCCAUCUCAUUAACAACUCAUCCCGGAAAGGUGAUACUGAUGAUGCCUCGACGGCAUUGGCAAUUUUUGAGGAAACAAAAGUUUCCAACGUUCGGCCCUCUGUCUUUCUUUACAAUGCUGUUCUGUCUAAGCUGGGUCGGGCUAGGCGAACGGUAGAGUGCAUGAAACUUUUUCACGAAAUGAAGGACCGUGGUUUGGUUCCAACGAGCGUCACCUAUGGAACAGUUAUCAAUGCUGCUUGUCGUGUUGGCGAUGAGCGACUUGCUGAAAACAUGUUCAUAGAGAUGGAGAAGCAGCCCAACUAUCAACCUCGUGUUGCUCCUUACAACACAAUGAUUCAGUUCGAGGUACAAACAAUGUUUAGCAGAGCCAAGGCUUUGCAAUACCAUAACAGACUUUGUAUUGCUGGGAUUAAACCUUCUUCUCAUACGUUCAAGUUGCUCAUGGACGCCUAUGGCACUUUGAAGCCGAUUGACAUCGCAUCUGUUGGGACUAUUUUUGAACUGAUGCGUCGUUUGAAUACCCCCGUACUUGCUAUGCAUUACUCUGCCUGCAUUCACAUCCAGGGUAUUGUACUUUCUGAUAUCAAGGCAGCUACGGAGUGCUAUAACGAAGCGCUUGAGAAGGCUCGUGCGAAGGAACUCGUGUUGGAUGCCAAUUUUUUCCAAUCACAAAUCGAGUCAUUGGUUGAAAACGAGCAACUAGACAACGCGAUUAGCGUUGUCAAGGACAUGGAGAAAUUUGGUGUCAAACUGAAUGCAUACAUUGUGAAUGCUCUUAUUAAGGGGUUUUCCAAAGUCGGCAAUUUGGAAAGGGCUAGGUUUUACUUUGAUCUUUUAGAAACACGUGGAACGACGCGCAAAGAACCAAGCACGUAUGAAAACAUGGUGCGUGCAUAUUUAUACUUUGACAAGGCGAUGGAAGCGCUUGAAGUUGUCUCUCAACUCAAACGGAAACGUUACCCGGGACCUGUUGUUAACAAGAUUUCGUCUCUAGUUGAUACAUAUCUUCAACACAACAAUCCUCUUUUUACCAAACAUUCCCCCUCUCAUAAAAAGCAAGGUUCCCCGAACUCUGCUGCCGCUGGAGUAUUCCAUGGCAAGGAAAGAAAGCCUAAUACACCAAGGCAGCAGUACAAUCGAAUUAGGGAAUAAUAUAAAACCUUAUUUAUAUCUCAUUAUUAUUAUCUAUCUUUGUAAUGAAGGGUCGCUCUUUUUUUACCUGGUCCAUUCUGUUUUUAGUUUUGAAUGCAUUCAAUCAUAUUCUUCCCUUUAACCUCAAUAGGUGUCCUUUUUUCUGCAAAUGAAUAAGCAUGGCGUGCCGAGUUUCUGCAGUAAGAAUGUUAAAAGAAACUCGAAAUGUGAUUUUAUUCAAUUGCGGCUCCGAGCCUUUUCCUUUUGUAAAACAUUGAAAAGAUACUCUAUAAAUAACAAACAUCUCGAAUAAUGUGGAGUUUCCAUAUUUAUAAUCUUUAUCUGC